UAUCUUUCUAGGAGAAACCUCGACCCACCCAUAAAGUUGAAGGCCGGGAUCAUCAUCAUCAACAAAGAAAUGGGAAAAUUCAAGAAGAUUUGUGUGUUCUGUGGGAGUAAUCCAGGCAACAGGAAAAUCUUCAGUGCUGCUGCUCUUCAUCUUGGAAGAGAACUGGUGGAGAGGAAAAUCGAUCUGAUCUAUGGAGGGGGAAGUAUUGGUCUUAUGGGUUUGGUUUCUCAGACUGUUCGUGAUGGUGGCUGUAAUGUUACUGGAGUUAUCCCAAGAGCUCUUGUUCCGGUAGAGAUAUCGGGACAUGCGGUGGGAGAAGUAUUAAUAGUGUCUGAUAUGCACGAAAGGAAGGCUGAGAUGGCUCGCCGAGCUGACGCUUUUGUCGCGCUUCCUGGAGGAUAUGGAACUAUGGAAGAGAUGCUGGAGAUGAUAACAUGGUCUCAGCUUGGUAUUCAUGACAAACCAGUUGGACUUCUAAACAUCGACGGAUAUUAUGAUUGCUUACUGGGAUUAUUCGACAAGGGUGUAGAAGAAGGUUUUAUUAAGCCAUCAGCAAGAAACAUUGUGAUAUCAGCAACCAAUGCUGGAGAACUCCUACACAAGAUGGAGGAGUAUGAACCAUUUCAGGAUCAAGUAGCAUCAUCAGGGAGCUGGAAUGCAGAUAGUCCUGGAAGUAGAGAAUGUAGCUAAUGGCUAGCUAGCUUCAUGUGUUUUUUUUUUAAAUUUAUUUUUGCACUGUGUAUGAAAUUCUUCUUGAUUCACAACAACAUUAAAAUGCAGUUGAAAGGGACACAACACACACACACAAAGAAGUACUUCAUUCUCUGAAGGGAAAAAUUUACUAUUCUCAUCA